AUGAAGGUCUUCGCGCUCACGACCCAGGCGCUUGCUGCAGUGCACACGUCCCGCACGUCCUCGGCCCUAUCCUUCGCGCUUGGUCCCGGCUCGUAUACAGCGCCCGGAGUCUUCCCGACCUCGCUGUUCAGCAAGUACUAUAACAAUCCGACCGCGACGGCGGAACAACCCGCACCCAAGAUCAGUGACCCGGUCUUGCACACGGUCUACCCUGAUGCUCUGACUAACCCAGAGACAAUUCCUACCCUCAACGACGUGGAUCCACACCCUCUGCCGAAUCCGAAGGCCUCGGAAAAGUCUAUUUUGACUGCAGCGCUCCAACAGCUUGCCUCGAUCACCAACAACACCGUCGCGUUCAGCGGCACGUGCGCUCAAUGCCAGGCUGCACUCGGUGUCGGCAAGUUUGUCGCGCUUGCGGCGCCACAGUACGGCCCGGAUAUCGCUGUCGCUAUCUGCGAAGCCUUCAAAGUAUCCAGCUCUUGCGAGACACUUUGGGGAGCGAAGGCUACCGGUGCCGUCAUCACACAAGUCCUCGCGUUCGCGGACGUCGGCGGCUUCGACGGCCAGAUGAUCUGCGAGAACUUCAUCGCUUCAUCAUGCCCGCUCCCGCCCGCAACGCCGCUCAACUUGACGGGCUGGUUCGACAAACCGAAGCCUGACCCUGCCCCAGCGCCCAAGCAGAGCACCGGCGAGAAGCUGAAGGUCCUUCAUCUUAGCGACUUCCAUCUCGAUCCGCGGUACGCGACCGGCUCGGAAGCCAACUGCACGAGCGGACUUUGCUGCCGCCAAAAUAAUCACCAGACCGGCAGCGAGAACACGACGGUGUUCCCUGCACCACGAUUCGGCGCGUACCUUUGCGACACGCCGUACAUGCUCGCAGGGGCAACGAUCGAGGCGAUCCCUGUGCUGACAAGCACGCAGGACACAGGCUUCGACUUCACGGUCUACACGGGCGAUCUAGUCUCGCAUGAUUCGGAGAACCAACUUUCUCGGGCGUACGUUGAGUACACCGAGACAGUCGUGUAUGACCUGUUCAAGAAGGCUCUCAAUGCCGGCCCGGUCUACGCCGCUCUGGGCAACCAUGAUAGCUACAACCAGGCGCAAGACUCACCGCACGGGCUCCCUGGUGCGCUCGAUUCGCAGUUCAGCUGGAACUACGACCAUGUCGCGGCCCUGUGGGAGAAGGAAGGCUGGAUCGACGCUAGCGCGGUCAAGGAGGCGAAGGCGCACUAUGCUGGCUACUCCGUCCAACGUCAUGACGGCCUCCGUGUCAUCACGCUCAACACCGAUCUCUGGUAUAGGGCGAACUGGUUUGCGUACAUCAACAUCUCGAACCACGAUCCAUCUGGGAUGCUUCGAUUCUUGACCGACGAGUUGCAAGCCGCGGAGGAUGCGGGCGAGCGCGUUUGGAUCGUUGGGCAUGUUCUGACCGGAUGGGAUGGGUCCAACCCUCUCGUCAACCCAACAGAUCUUUUCUAUCAGAUUGUCGACCGCUUCUCGCCUCAUGUCAUUGCUAACAUCUUCUGGGGCCACACACACGAAGACCAGCACAUCCUCUACUACGCCAACAACGCCACUGUGCAGAACUCCUCGACAGCGCUCUCGCAGGCGUGGAUCGGCCCGUCCGUGACACCGCUCACGAACCUCAACUCGGGCUUCCGUGUAUACGAGGUGGACGCCACGACAUUCGACGUGCUCGACGCGCACACCUGGCGGUCGGAUGUCAACUCAUACCCCGCGCUCGACGAGCAGCAAGAUGUCCUUGGGCCGACCGCCGGACCAAGUUGGAUCUACGAGUACAGUACGCGCGACACUUACGGCGCAAACAUCACCUGGGGCCCCAACGACCCUCUCAACGCGACUUGGUGGCACCUCGUCACUGAGCAGAUGGAGGCUAACUCCAGUCUCGUCUCUACCUUCAACACUCUUCAGGGCAAGGAGAGCAUACGCACUGCGGCGUGCACAGGCGACUGUAUCGCUGCCAAGAUUUGCUACAUUCGCUCGGGCAGCGCCGCCAUCGCGAAGCAGAACUGCAACCUGAGUUUUGGCUCUGUGCAGUGA